AUGUCAUCAUCUUCAUCAUCCGAUUCGAUGGCUGUAGAGAAUGCUAAGUUUAUUGGUUCCGCCAUGGCGAAAACAGUUACAUACUAUCAAAACCGACUAGGAGAAACAUCAUGCGCACGAUCUAAGCUAAGAAAGCCGCUGUUGCGUAGAAAUCACGAAGCCCGACACGAUUGCCUUAUAAAAGAUUAUUUUGCAGAUGACGUCAUCUACGCUGUAAAGUUUCAACAUCGGUUCCGGAUGAGGAAGUCACUAUUCUUACGUACUGUUCGCAACUUGGAAGGCCGCUUUCUAUAUUUCCAAUGGAAAAUGGAUGCAAGGCGGAAAAAAGGUUUCUCUCACAUUCAAAAAUGCACAGCUGCAAUUCGUCAUCUAGCAUACGGCAUGGGCGCAAAUAAAUGGGACGAGUAUUUUAGGAUGUCAGAACGUACCGUGUGGGAAUGUGUGUACAAGUUCUGCAAAGCGAUCUGUUUGGUUCAUGGGAAACGAUAUUUGUGCAAACCAACUAUCAACGAUAUCCACCAAUUGUACACUAUGCAUGAAGGCAAUCAUGAAUUCCCUAGAAUGUGA